UUCCGUCACUUCUUAUUCUUGAGGCUCGUGGAUCCCAUGGAUCAUUGUGUGCAGUGAACGCAAAUAAAUUUCGACAUUUUUACCCAUGUAUCUUGAAGUAUUCUCGCGAGCUUGCUUUUUGUCAUCGAGUGUCCCACACUGUUUACUUCUGUAGAAGACGCAUGGGAGUACAUUAACAAAAAAUCGAUAUGGCGAGUUUCGACGGUAUGGAAGAAAUAGGCUCAGAACAAGUACCGAUUUUCGAUAGGAUGGAUAAAGAUUAUAGAAUAUAUGUGAAUAAUUUGCCAGAAGAAUUAAAUGAGGAUGCUGUCAGAGAUAUUUUUAGUUCAUAUGGUAAAAUUACUGGAAUAUUCUAUCGUCCUAAUGCUACAUGGGCUUAUAUUACAUUUGGGACAUAUCGUGAGGCUGAACUCACUAUAAGAGAGCUUAACAAUAAGAAACCAUUAUAUUUAAAAGUAGCUCUUGCAAAAGAAAGAUCCGAUGUAAAAGAGGAAGUUCAAAGAGUAGAUAUACCAGAAAUUCAAGAAAAACCAAAUGUGGAACCAUUCAUCGUUCACAGUGUGAAACAUAUACCACAGAGUAGUAUUGGUCGCGGUUAUGCAAUUCGCAAAUGUUUUGCAAUACCAGAUGUGGUAGUACCAGGUCAUGAAGAAACACAAUCUUCUUUACCAAUAUCUAACGCUUAUGAAAGUGAUGAGUCUUACAUGAAUACAAAUAGAUUAUGGACAAGAGGUGUAUUAACAGUCACAGCAGAUGGUAAAAGACAUGUUUCAUUUGGGCGUGGUUACACAAUGUAUCAGAUUCCAGAGCCACAUCCUAGACUUGAAGAAUACAUUACAAAAGUCUAUGAAUUACGAAAGAACGGAGUGUACGAAUAUGCGGAUGAUAAACUUCAGAAUAAAUUGCAAAGAUGCAUUGUUUGUUCGGCUAAGACGACGAAACAUUGUGAAAAGUGUUACACUUAUUAUUGUAGUAAAGCGUGUCAAGUAACUCAUUGGCCGCGACAUCAGGCUGAGUGUGAACGCAUACCGGAUUUGGUGGAGGAGUCUUCACUAAUGCAAAGUGAUAUAAAUGAUCCAAAGCAGAACGUCCAAACCAAUGGCAAAUUUAACGACAUAAAAUUACGUCGUCCAAAUAUAUCAGUACGAAGUCCAGAUUUCAGCGCAAAUGUACAACGGAUGAAUUGUACAGACAAAACUAAUGAAGAUGCCAUGGUUACUGACAAAUUUUCUAGUAUUCAAUUUAACAACGGCAACAAUGUAUCAAAGGAACAGAAAGUAGAAAAGAAAAAAGAAAGUAGUCAGCCGGCGGUAAAUGCAACAAGUGAUAGGACGUCGUUAAGUCGUUUUAAUAGAUAUAAUUCUUACGAAAAUAGUGAUCAAUCAAGGGAAAACGAUCAAUCUCCAAUGACAUCUCAACAUAUUCGCCAAAAUCUUCAUAUACGUAGUAACAAAAACGAUGUUACAGACAAAACCGCUUUUAACGAAGAAACUAAUAAAAAUUAUGAUUUAAAAAAUAGAUGUAACAACAAUGUUGACAGAAGUCAUCCUCAUCAAAGAAAUGGAUUUCAAAAUGACAGGAAAGCAUCAAGCUAUAACUACAAAGAAACCACCACCAACAAACAGGGACAGAGAGUUUCUAUGCUAUCUAUGGAUGCGGAGAAGAUAAUGGCAGUAGAAGCGGAAGAGCGAUUGGAAAAUUUAGCUGCACGCACAGCUAAAGCUUCAUCACAAUCGAGCAACAUGAGUAAUGAGAGAAUGCUGCGGAAUCAAAAAUCAGCACUAAAUAGUGGAAAAACUCGAUUACGAAAUAUCUUGGAUGGCUUUGCUGAUUUGCUAACUCAAAAUGCUGUUCCUGAGUUGAAAGUCACGGGUGUAAUGCAAAUCUUCGAGCACAAGCAAAAGAAUAUUUACAACGCGACCCUGAUUGCAGAUUGUUUUACCAACAAUAUGGAGAGGAUUGUACGCAACUUACCAGAAACAAUGCUGAAGAUGAAGGAAACUGUUUCAAACUAUAAACCUCAAGUAGGAGAUUUGGUUUGCAGUGAAACGGAAAAAGAUACAUGGUAUCGAGGAUAUAUAACGAUGUUGUCACCCGAAUUGCGUGUAGCAGCGGUGGACGAAGCAAGAAUUCUGCCUGUAACCAAAGUUUUACCAUAUCCCGCAGAGUUUCUAGACAUCUGCACUUGUGGAGUAGUCUGUGAAGUGACCAAUACUCAAUUAAAUGUGGAUGAUGUAUACAACUUCACAGGAGUUAUAAGAGAACACGAUAAAAAGCAAGGUAGUUUUAAAAUAGAAAUACAAAAAGAUAACGAAAUCGUGGAGGUUAUAGUAAAGUCCUGGGAGCCUAUAAUAAAAUCGAUUCCUGCUUUAGCUGAAUUAAGGAACGGAUGUAAAAUAUGCCUCACCAGUUACCGAAAUCAAUACAUUAUGUUCGCCCACUCUUUAGACGAAAGUGAGAUGGAGUACACGAGCAACAUUAUGCAACAUGUUGCGCAUUGUUCACAAACAGCACCACCUCUCUCCAAACCUCUAAGUACUGAACAAAUGGUGAUUGCACCAUAUUGUGACGGCAACAAUUAUCGUGCUAUGAUUACGAAAAUACAAGAUAAUACAGCCACAAUAGUUUACGUUGAUUUCGGAAACUUCAGAGAUAUCGACGUGAAGGAACUCCGAGAGAUAUCGAAUGAUUUGGGAAUGAAACGAAGUUGUUCGGCGAGGAUAGUAUUGAAGGACGUUCCUCGCGACGUCCCUAUGACUACAGAUGUCGACACUUAUCUGCGCGACUUAGUAGGCAGAGAAGAGCCUUUAGUAUGUACGUAUGAGGACGGAUUAUUCAAGAAUGGUGUACGUUUGACAACGAGCACCGGAGAAGAUGUCAAUAAUAAGAUAAAACAGCUGCUGGUACCGGACUGGAAGCAAGAUAAUUUUGAUGAUAACACGUGUUACAUGCUGAACGAUAUAGAAAUUGCUCCGUUAGGAAAGGUUGGUGAUACGGUCGAAUUGUUAGUGUUAUAUGGAAAUGGAGACGGAUUGGUAUACAUGAUGAGCCCUUCUGAUAUCGACUUAAUAACUCAUGUCACCGAUGUGAUGCCUGAAUUGAUAAAAGAAUAUUGCGAGAAAGUGGAUUAUUACAUACCCAGACAGCAAGAAUUGUGUCUGGCAUUGUACGAGGAAGCAUGGUAUCGUGCGCUGUGUCUCAAUCCAAAAUUGUCGCACACGACAUGCGAAAUUUUCUUCAUCGAUUACGGGAAUGUAGAGAUAGUAGAACACAAAGACGUAAGGUUGAUGCCUAAGGACUUUAUUAGGCCAGCAGCAAUGGCAAAUAUCUGCACAGUUGUUAAUUUAGCACCCGUUGACAGUACUGGUAACUAUUCGGCUGCUAUUAAACAAAAAUUGUCAGAGUUGGUAACGUUAAACACAUUCGUAAAGGUCAAAAUCGUAGAGUGUGUCGAGAAUGGUGAAUACAAAAUUGAAUUGCCGGAAAUUCACGCUGCAUUAGUCGAGCAAGGUCUCGUACCAUCUUUAUUUUAAAAUUUUAUUUUACAUAUGCUUUCAAAUAUUUUGGUUAUUAUAAUCUCCGAUGUAAACUACGAAACAUACUUUUGUUCAUAAAAUUCGCUCGCAGCAAUCUAUAAUUUGCAACAGAUAGAGUUCAACUUGUGAUUAAUUUUUUUAUUUUGCCUUAUAUAAUUAUCUGACUUCAUCGAAAUUUUAAAUCUGGGUACAGAAAUUGUCUUAUUUGUUUUUACAUUUUAUAUUACAAGUAACAUCCCCGAAGUGUCGCUCUUUAUUCUUGAUAACAUACUUGGAAGUAAUCAAAAUUAACAGAUGCAUAUUUUUUUUAUUGUCUAAUAAAUUUAUAUGUAGUAAAACUACCGAGUUACAAGCCUCAUCUCCUUGGAUUUUCAUAAUAAUUGAACUAUUGAAGAUAUAAAAACGUUUUUAUAGACAAAUAUGUUAUUGAUCUUUUCUACCAGCUAUACAGGGUGGGAGGUUAUAAGUUUACAACCCGAAAUGUGAAGGUAGAUUGAGUUAAGAUAAA